CACGGGCACCACAGCCAGCCCCCGGAGGCACCGCAGGGCUCCACCAGCUGAUCAACCAAGGGGUUUUGGCACGUGUCCCUGGCCCAGUGUAGCGGCUGCAGCAGCAGCAGGUUGUGGUGGCAAGUGGUAAAGGUAGUAUAGAGUGGUAAUCGGGCGGAGGCGAUAAAGAAAUAUAUCAAUUAAAAAAAUACUAUGCCUAUCGUCCUCAGGAUCGCAGAUGAUGACAACGGAGAACGUCGUGAGUUUAAAAUGCAGUUAUGGGAGGAACAUGAAAUGGGAAAGCCAGUCAAGGCGAGGCGAAAGAAAAAGGAAGAGGACGAAGCGAACAAAGUCUACAGCCACUGGAACCUGCUUCCAGACCUCCUCCUGGAAAAGGUGUUCCAGUACCUGUCGCUCAGCCAACGGUACAUCGCGUCCAUGGUCUGUAGAAGAUGGUACGAAGCAUUUUCUUUCCCACGCGUUUGGUACACGUUCGUCCUGCACGACGAGCUGUUGACCAAAAGAAAGUUCAAUAUUUGUUCUGGAUGGCAGAAACUGCUGGACCACAUCAGAACGUCGCAUUUCGUGGGCCUGAAGGGCAAGAACAUCCGCACGUUGAUCUUCCCGCCGAUGAACAACCUGUUCAACCUGUACGAGUUCCUGAACAUCACACACUACAUCAACCACAGAAAUCCCGGGACACUCGACAACGUCCACACGCUUAGGUUUACCUUCGCCUGCCAGGUGGUCGAGAGACGGGAGGAGCACGUCUUUGGCACAGGAGGCCAAAUCCUGGCCAUGUUCAAGAAAGUUUUAGGAGACCUGAUUAACCUGAGGACCCUCGAAUUGAGAGAUCUCUUGUUGGACGGGUGCGAGGGGCUCCCUCUGCUAGAUGAGGUUUGCAUCGUUUGUUGCGAAACUCUGCGCUGUCUGGUGUUGGUCAAUCUCACGAGACAAGCACACACGCUGCUACAUCCGGGCGCCUUCGUUAAUCUGCAAACGCUUGUUAUCUCGCCGCAGAACAUAGGGGAAGAUCUCCUAGAGCUCAUAGGAACAUCGCAGGUGCGGAACUUAUACAUCGUGCAGAACAAGUACACGGAGCACGGCAAAUCCCUCAGCUACAAAGCGUGGAAGAAGUGCAGAAUGAACAACAACAGGCUACGAGUCCACUUAUGCACAGAAGGUAACUUCAAGAAAGAAAUCAUAUGGCAGGAGAGAGCGCCCGUCAAAAGUAUAGUCUACGAUUCGCCUUACGCAAGGGUCGUCCGAGAGAAAAUAUCUACGUCAACAGUCCUUCUGCUGGCUUUUACGGCAAAGAACUUACAUUACUUCUACGUUAGGCGUAAUGCUGUCAUUCUCAAGGCUGACUGGCCCAAGAACCCGGAAUGGUCCUUGGAGUUCUACACGUGGCUGUGCAAGGGCUCGAGGUCCUACGACAUCCUGGAGGAGGAAGUGUCCCAGAUCCUCGGGUACAAAUGGCAGAUGCUCACUGACAAGCAGUUCAAGAUGCUCAAGUUGGACCUGAACAAGACGCAUUUCAUGUUCACCUGAACGCCUGAGCAGCAGCUAGUGGCUACUUCCAAGAAAAAAAAAAAGUAAAAAAAAAAAUUCUUUUUGAUAGAUAUGUUAUGUUAUAUAAAGAAAAAAUUAUUGAUUUUACACGUGUUUAAAUGAUAGGAAGCAAUAAAAAACUAUUUUGUAAUUUUAAGGUAUAAAUAAAAUUUGAAAAUAUA